AGGACGCAAAACACUGGGUAGACACAGAAAGCAAAAGAGCAGAGGGAUUUGGUUGAAAAAGCAUAAACCCUAACUUCGCACCAGCUUGUCACAAUAUUGAUGUUGAUUAUUUCUCCCUGCAGUUUGAUGGCUUACUGAGGGUAUGCUCUGUUCUUCACAUAUUACCGUUUCUAAAGCACUGAAUCUUGGAGUUUUAGCUGUGCGAAGGUCAUUGAAUUUUCAAAAGAAAUUCUCUUACAAGUAUUUUCAUGGGCAGAUAAGAAUGGAAUCUAAUUCUAACCAUAAUAUAGUAGACAGAAGAGCGGAACCUAGAGGUUCUCUGAUUGUCUUAGAAGGCUUGGAUCGUUCUGGGAAGUCUUCUCAAAGUAGCCGACUAGUUUCAUACUUGGAGGGACAAGGGGUCUCUGCUGAAUUAUGGAGGUUUCCUGACAGAUGUACGAAUGUUGGGCAAAUGAUAUCUGCUUAUCUUAGUAACACGUCUCAAUUGGAUGAUCGCGCUAUUCAUCUUCUCUUUAGUGCAAAUCGUUGGGAGAAGAGAUCAUUGAUGGAAACCAAACUGAAAGCUGGAACUACUCUCAUUGUUGACCGUUAUUCUUAUUCUGGAGUCGCUUUCUCAUCAGCCAAAGGACUUGACAUUGAAUGGUGCAAGGCACCCGAGGUUGGCUUGUUUGCUCCAGAUGCAGUGAUAUUCCUUGACAUAUCACCAGAGAAAGCUGCGGAGAGAGGAGGUUAUGGAGGUGAGAGAUAUGAAAAGCUGGAGUUUCAGAAGAAAGUUGCUGAAACCUACAAAGUUCUCCUUGAUGCCUCCUGGAAGGUUGUGGAUGCUGGCCAAUCCAUAGAAGAUGUGGAGAAACAGUUGCAAGAUAUAGUACUUGAUUGUGUCAUGGAAUGUCAGAAAGGAAAACCUCUUUCCCAUUUGUGGCCUAUCCAGCAGGCCAGAUAAUUUCCAGACUCCAAAUCCAAUCUGCUAUCCCAAUCCAAAUCCACACACACACACACAAUUUCUGAACACUUCUGCUUUUGGAUUCCCUGCACACAGGAGGUGUUGUGCAGAGCCUACACAGUGGGGAUCCAACGGCCAUAAAUUAUGUUUUUGAUCCAACGGCUACAUAAGCUGUCAUGUAAACCGCACUGCAAGCUGAUCACGCGCGCGCACCUUAACCCUGGAUCGAUAAAUUUGAUUGGGUCACGUAAUCUAUUAGGAAUGCAAUAUGUGUAUCCAUGAUGUUCUGGUUAAGAAUUUAUUUGCUCAUAUCGAAUUCCUGUUGGUGUUCAAAUUUGCAGACUAGUGUCCUGAUUUGAUAUGAGGUUUGAAUGCUACAGCUUUUGGUAAAAACCAGACGAUGGCAACUUGGAACUUGCUCUAGUAGGCUUAAAUGUGGCUGCAACAUGAAGGCUCAUUCUUUUGCCCAAAUUUAUGUGGGAAUCUAAAUCAAAUUUUUCAUAUUUUUAUAACAAUACAUUUGAAGGGUUUUUUUUUUUUUUUAAACGUCAUUAUGUAUGGAGUUUUAUUCAAUUUGCCAUUGAAGAUCAAAACGCCGUAUCUUA